CUGUUUUCGUGGCACGUGUUUGCUAGAGGAGGUCACUUAUGUUUCCAAACGGAGGCAGAUCGCAUCGACACAGGCAAUAAACAGCGCAAUAGAGGAAUAUUCAGUAUUUGAAGCCAAUCUGCGUGUUCCAUGGGCAGCGGCAGCAGCAGCAGCAGUCUCUACAGUGCCCUGGCCAAGAGCAUCAGCAGAUCUCCUCUCCCUCACGCCUGUGGCUCUACGUACAGUCCCGGUGACAAUCUGAAUCUGGAUCAGGACCCGGCCGACCCGCUGGAGCUGCUGCAGGAAUGUAGAGAGGCUCUGAGAGAGCGACCUGCUCAUCUGAAGAGAGCUUUCGUUCAGACGGGGCAUGGAGACGCUAGGAGGACCAUCAGAGUCAUGCAGUGGAAUGUACUUGCACAAGCACUAGGUGAAGGCAUGGACAAUUUCGUGCAGUGCCCCUUGGAUGCUCUGAACUGGCCUGAGCGGAAGUACAUGAUCCUGGAAGAGAUCCUGACCUACAAACCAGACAUCCUCUGCCUUCAGGAAGUCGAUCACUACUUUGACAUGUUCCAGCCUGUUCUGGCGAGCCUGGGCUACCAGAGCAGCUUUUGCCCCAAACCAUGGUCUCCAUGUCUCGAUGUAGAAAACAACAACGGCCCUGAUGGCUGCGCUCUGUUCUUCAACCACGAGCGCUUUCAGUCAGUAAACACAACUCACCUGCGACUGUCUGCCAUGAUGCUGAAAACCAAUCAGGUGGCAAUAGUCGCUGCUUUGCGUUGUCGUUCAACAGGUCAGGUCUUCUGUGUUGGAGUCACGCAUCUGAAAGCGAGGAGCGGUUGGGAAGUCUUACGAAGCGCGCAGGGUGCAGAUCUGCUGCGAAACCUGCGAAACAUUGCACAGAAAAUCGAAACAGAAGAAAAUGCUGAGUCAGCCGUUCCUCUGAUAGUAUGCGGCGAUUUUAAUGCCGAGCCCUCAGAAGACGUCUAUAGGAAUUUUGCAACAUCUAGUUUAGGAUUGGACAGUGCGUAUAAGCUUUUGAGUACAGAUGGGAAAACUGAGCCACCGUACACAACGUGGAAGAUCCGACCCAGUGGCGAGAGUUGCCACACACUGGAUUACGUUUGGUAUUCGCACAGAGCGUUUGACGUUAAUGCCGUUCUAGACUUUCCUACAGCCGAACAAAUCGGACCUAAUAGGCUGCCGUCAUAUAACUACCCUUCAGAUCACCUUUCGCUAGUCUGUGACUUCAGCUUUAAGGAUCCAAUUAAUUAGUUGUAUUCAGACAUGCUAGUGCAUAGCAAUUCGUAAUUUAAAAAUAAUAAUAAUUUAAUAGCAAAAUUCAUACAAUCUCAUUCGUACGUUUUAGUAUGAUUUGGAUAUGCCCUCAGUGUUGGUUAUGGUUAAGUGGUGGGCUUUCUUUUGAAAAAUCAUACAUUUUAGUAUGACACUGUGCAAUUUUGUAUGAAUUCACCACUUUUUUACAUGAAACAGUUUUGUUUUGCCAUGAAAUCAGCCUCUGGAAGACAUUUCUGACAAGACUUCAUUCUGACACCAAUCUCAUGGCAAAAAAUACAUUUGUUUUGGUGGAUUAGUUACUUAUUUUUACACCCUGGUGAGUGUUUAGGGGUGAAGUUUGAGGCUUUCGUGCUUGUAAAAAGAUCUUAUUUGUUAAUAUAUGUGAAUGCAUUAGCUAAUGUGAACUAACAAUGCGCAAAUGAAACAUUUGAUAAUCCUGCUAAAUGUUCCUAUAAUUAAAUGCUGAUGUUAGUUCGCAGUACAUUCACAUUAACAAAUACAACUUUUGAUUUUAAAAAUGUAUCACUAAAAUUUUGUAUUAAUAUGUUAAUAAAUGAUGCAGUUCAUUAGUUUUUGUUACCAACCAAUGCAAACAAAUGGAGCAAGUGUUACUGGAUAUUCUUUCGUCAAUUACUCACCUUUAUUUGAUUUUAUUUAUAAGACAAUAUAUAGCAUAAUGUAAUCUUCAUAAAACAUGAUAGUGUCAUAAAAGGAGUCUGGACAGAAAGAUUUACCAAAAAUAAUUGAAUUAGUCUGUUUCUUGCACAGCUAAAGUUAUAUUAUGGCUUGAUAAUUAUUGAAAUGUAGUAGUUAAAAUGUGUAAAAUGGCAUCUGUUUUUGUUGUUUGGACAAAAGCAGCUUGGAUAUUAAGUCAAAUGUCUUGCACGUAAUAUAAUAAAUAUCUACAACUCUUAAUAAGAUGGUAAGUAAAUGAUGAUGACAGAAUUUCCAUUGUGUAAUGUGUUCUGUAAGCUCUCUCAAGCAAAUAUGUUAUGACUUUAUUUCUAAUGUCUAUCAACCAAUUAUUUUUAGUCUUUUUUUUUCUUUUUGUAAUAUGACCACAGCUUUAAAAAUAGUUUCAGGUGUCAAAUUCCGCCUAAACAAGCGCACACAUGCAUAAAUGAGAGAAGUCUUGUUUCACAAUCAUUUCCUUUGUGCAGCUGGUUUCACCAGUCUCUGUCUGAUCAAAAGCAGACAUUUAAACUAUUAUUAUCCGUCAGCUGAGCUCCUCGUUUCACAAUCAGAUUCAGACUGUAUUAUAGUUAAACAACAAAGUCAACUGAAAACGCUAUUUUUGCAGUUUUUAACAGCACUACUCGUGUUAUUUAUUUCAAGUAGAGUUUUGUAAUGUUUGACCAAGAUGUCUCGGCAGGUUUCGAGAGGUUUUGUUGAAGCAGAGUUCUUGUGUGGAAAGUUUCUCAUCAGAUCACACAACAAAUGAAUAGCUGUCUUAUAUUCACGUCUCCCCCCAGUGGAUGAAUGUGUAACUGCACGUACAGAACCAAACACAAAUACAAGUUCGCACUUCAGACUCUUGGCGUACAAAAACAAUGAAUUAAUGUUUGUACAUUUCUUUUGGAAUCUCCUGAUGUGUUCCUAAUUCAUGUUAGUCAAUAAAAUGUACCCCGUUUUACCUCA